AUGAUGCGAGAUCAACCAAUUUCAGAAGUGGCUCUUCCACCACCAGCAAACAGGACGUAUGACAUUAUAUGUAGCCAUAUACCUUACAGCCGAAAUGAAUUCAAAAAGCAUAUGCCCUCAGAUACAGUUUACAUCGCUACAGUUCGGGAUCCUUUCCGACAAUUUAUCUCUUGUGUUCAUUUCUACCACAGAGCAUUUAUGUUAAAUAUCACACAUCACAAACCAAUACUUACAUUUUUGCAGGAUCCGAACAAGUACAAACAGAUAAUACGAAAGAGUGGUCGGGUGUCAAAUUUGUAUAAUUCCAUGGCUUAUGACUUUGGCUUUCCACCUUACCUAUUUGUCAACCCGGAUAAGGAGCGAAUUCAAAAGUAUAUUGAGGAACUUGAUCAACAAUUUGAUCUUGUUCUCAUUGUUGAAUAUUUAGAUGAAGGUUUGAUUUUGAUGAGGCGGCUACUGAACUGGGACAUGAGGCAUUUAUUGUAUGAAUCUAGGCAUGUACGAAAACAUCCAGAACCGGCACUAGCAGUUGGCAAAGAGGAGGAAGAUCUGUACAGGAAAUGGUGUCUACUCGAUUAUGCAUUGUUCGAAUUUUUCAAAGCGAAAUUUUUAAAGAUUUGGGAAAAUAUGUUAGUAAACAGUGAUGUUAUGGCCGAAUUGAUUUAUUUUCGGGAAAUGAAUGCGAAAGUUGACGAAUUUUGUCAUGCACAAUUGUUAUCUGAAAAAUUGAAAAUUGAACCUUCUCAGUGGCACAAGGGUUUCUACAUAGAUAACCAGUAUUGUGAAUCCCGUCUGCUUGCAGAAAAGAAACAAAUUGAUUAUCUCAGAGAAAAACAUUUUUCUUCAGUUAACAAUAGCAACUAA